AUGCCAGUCGACGCCGUUUGGGUUAUUAUAACAGUUCCUCGAAAAGAGUACGAAAAGAAUCUGAAAAAAAUAAAACUUCAAAACUCCAAAAAUCUUAAUAUUUCAGAUGAUUCAAUAGAUGAUUUAAAGAAGAAAAAUGAAUCUGAAAUUUAUAUGGAAAAAAUAUUAUCGGAUUCAUUGGAAGAGUUGCAAAUUGAAGACGUGGUUUGGGUUCCCACAAGAAAUGGCAACUAUUUUCAAGUAUACUUUCCGUGUGAACUCUAUGAAAACGAUUCAAUCCUUCAUUUUUUAAAAUCAAAAGGUUUCGGCACUAAAGCCGAGACAUCCAUCGGUUACAUCCCUUUCAAUCUAUUCUUUUAUGAAGAAUUAGGCGAAGGGGAUGACGAAGACAUUGUUGAUACCAAUUAUGACCUUCCAUAUGAAACGGAUAUUAAUAACUUUGACUUAAAUCAUAAUAAGAAAGGAAACACAUUUAAAGAGAUUACACAAAAUUUUUUAAAGUCAGUGACUUCUCGACUAACAGUGGCUCAAGUGGUUGAAGGGGUUAAAUCAGGUUCAGAAGUGACAUUUGAUUUUUGUGCGUAUACUAUAUUUGCUGGAUUUAUUGCCGCAUUUGGACUUAUCAAUAAUGACCCUGUUAACAUUGCUGCAUCCAUGAUGAUUGAACCUAUUAUGGGUACUGUAAUGGCGAUGACAUUUGGUUUAGUGAUUGAAGACCGAAAGUUAUUCAUGUUAGGCGUUAAGAGUAAUAUUAUAUCACUUAUCUUAUGUCUUGUCAGUGGUUUUAUUAUGGGAUUAAUAAUAUUUAUUCCGACCAUUAUGUUUGCUUGGAAUCCACCCCCAGGUGUUUGGCCGACACCUGAAAUGCAAGGAAGGGGUACUUUAAAAGGUAUUAUUUACGGAAUAAUGAUAGCCCUUCCCUGUGGUGGUGCUAUUGCCGUCACAUUACUCAAUGACAAUCAGGCGGCUCUGGUCGGUGUUGCCGUUGCGUCCACUUUUUUGCCUCCAUUUAUAAAUACUGGACUAUUAUGGGCUCUAUCAACACAUUUGCAAAUUAUGGGUUUAGGACAACAACCACAGCCUUACAAUAUAAGUGGAACCGUAGUCUAUAUGAAACCUGCAUUCACUCCACAGGAAGGCUAUUCACCCUAUUAUUCAUUUGAUAUGCGAAUUGAAAACGCAUUGCUUGGAUGUGUUAGUAUGGCUCUGACCGGUGUUAAUAUUGUCUGUAUGUUAAUCGUUGCCUUUAUUGUACUUAAGAUCAAAGAGAUAGUGCCGUUGAAUAAGAUGGAGGCGGGAACUCAACGAUUCUUCAAACAUGAUAUCAAGAUCGCUCGACAACAUAACAGAAAGUCAUUGGUAUCCGGAGGAAGAAGACAAACAUUAGGCGAACAAAUCUUAAAUGAAUGGGCUGAAAUUUCUGGACUCAACAAAAAUCAAGUGAUGAGUAAUAGUCCUGAAGCUAAAGUCACACAAUUUCAGACUUUAUAUGAUAUCGCUCAAGACGUGGAAAUGGAUGAGACUUUUCAGACAGUAAUGAGUAAGACUACUGGAAAUCCUAAUAAAUUUGGUUUAGGUCGGCGUCUAACUCAACCAAUGCUGUUUGGAAAUGACUGUCAGAAAAAUGUUACACAAACUUUGUCACCACAAGUGUGGAGUAUAGAGAAUGAAAUGUCUGAAAAUGGGACCGGAAGGAGGUAUACGGUUAACCCAACUACUAAAGCCAAAGGCCCUCAUUUUGGUGACAAUUCUCCCUAUUCUACGGUUGGCUAUACAACUGGUCGUGGAAUCCGACCAAACGAUCUGAUGUCUGAAAGAGGACGUCGCAGAAGCACUCAUUUUCUUAGGAAGUCAUUGACAAAAUCAAAUCGUUCACCAUUUAGUUUAUGGCCAACCAAUCAAUCUGAAGACAGAUCUAAUUCAAUAGCAUCACAACCAGCAAGAGAUCUCAGAGCUCGUCGACAAACUAGUUAUACAUCAAAUUUGGAUAAUAAUUUCGAAACAAUCAGAUUCUAA